GAUCUAUUCCGUUUAAUGUCCAGCCUGUCUAGUGUUGCCACGUUACCACUAUAUGAAUUCAAAACUCUCUCUCCUGCACGAAUAAUCCAAUUUCUAAUUCAAGUUGCGGUGAACUAUCGUAAGGACAGGACAGAUAGCACUGAAUUUACCUUUCGAUUUGUUACAGGCAGUACUUGUGUACGUAUCUCUCCUGCAUUGGCAAUGGCGGCCGCAAGCAAGGGUGCGGAUGAUGAUUCAAUAUCAGAAAGGGAGUGCCACAAAGGAGUGAAGCAUUUGUGUGAAACAGGCAUUGCAAAACUUCCGAAGAAGUACAUAUUGCCGGAAUCGGACCGGCCAAAUAUCCCAAAGGCAGGGGAGCCGUAUAGAUUCAGGAACAGUAGUAACAUUCAGCUGCCUGUCAUUGAUUUUUCGGAAUUGCAAGGUUUCAAUCGGGCCCAAGCCGUCAAGUACCUUGCUAAUGCCUGUGAAAAUUAUGGAUGUUUUCAGCUGGUGAACCAUGGAAUUUCCGGUGAAGUGAUUCGGAGUACGAUGGAUGUAAGUAAAAGGUUUUUCGAGCUGCCUUUUGAGGAAAGGGAGAAGUACAUGAGCUCGGACACCUACUCCCCUGUCCGGUAUGGAACCAGCCUUAACCAGUCAAAGGAUGCUGUCUUCUGUUGGAGGGACUUUCUGAAGCUAAUGUGCCAUCCCUUGUCUGAUAUGCUUCCUCACUGGCCUUCUUCACCCUCCGACUUCAGGAAAUUGGUGGUCACCUACGCAAAUGAGAACAAAAAUUUGUUCCUAAUGCUAAUGGAAGCCAUCACAGAGAGCCUUGGACUGAUAAACACAAGAACCAACAAGAGCACCACCACAAAAGGGGAUGAGUUUGAUAUUCUGGAAGAAUUGGAGGAUGGGAGCCAGCUCAUGGUCUUGAAUUGCUACCCACCUUGCCCUGAACCCAACUUGACCCUCGGAAUGCCGCCUCACUCGGAUUAUGGGUUCCUCACUCUCCUUCAACAAGAUGACGUGGCGGGUCUUCAGAUUCAGUUUCAAGAAAAUUGGGUCACGGUUGAACCCAUUCCUAAUUCAUUUGUUGUCAUUGUCGGCGAUCACCUUGAGAUAUGCAGCAAUGGACGAUACAAGAGUGUGUUACAUAGAACAAUAGUCAAUUCAGUGAAACCUCGCAUUUCUGUGGCUUCUUUGCACACUGUCCCUCACAACUCCGUGGUUCGGCCAUCGCUGAAACUCAUAGACGAAUCAAAUCCAAGGCGUUACAUGGACACCGAUUUCGGUUCUUUUCUCAAGUAUAUUUCAUCUUGUGAGCCCAAGAAGAAGAACUUCCUUGAGUCCAGGAAACUGAUCUAGAAAGAAUGCUUUUUAAAUAACAAAAUCUUUUGUUUUUUUUACAAAGGAUUAGGGGUAUGGAUUUUGAGUUUUCAUGAGUGUCAAUUAUUUUGCAAUGUGUGGUCGGCUUGUAGAGCAAAAUUUGAUAAUAUGUAUAUAGUACAUAUUAUUUCAUGAUUAAAAAAAAUUACGUCAGAAUAGAUUAUUUC